AUGGCGCUCAGCCUGUUGGGGCUGUCCCUGCUUUCCGUCGGGAUAUUUUCCGUCGUUCCUUGUGACACCCUCUCCCUUGUUCUCCCCACUGUCGUUAGCGCCGUGGGGAAAAUUGUCCAACACUACAAGAGCAAUUUUCAUGAGUUAAACCUGGAUGGGUUGUUUGGCCUACGUGUUGUAGAAGGUCAGUUGAUGAUGCUGACAGAUGAACAUACCAAGGGUAGAUUACAGCAUGUCCCAGCUGACAUCAUAGAGGCCAUUCAGCAUUAUGGCAGUAUCGCGUCCGAGAUCGGCCACCUUGCCAUCAAGGCAGUAAAGGAUGAUGAUGAGGAGUAUUAUAACAGUAUGGCUUUUGUGGUCGCUCACCCCUGGGUGUUCCAUAACCCACACCGCAAAAUUGACCCCAGGUUGAAAUGGGACGGUAGUGUGUACAAAAGCUCAAUGAAAAUAGAACUGUCUGAAUACAGUGAUAUGUGUAUGGGCGAGCUGACCGGAAAUUUCAUUACAAAGACAAAGGGGUGUCAGAUCUCCAAAAAGUGUGUGGAAAUUAUGACACUGAAAGGCUUGACGAGCUAUGGUAUCACCCAUCAACUGUUAUGGUCUAUGCUGGGAGAAAAGGCUGGGUGCAGAAAACAGCUGGAGCAGGUACUGUCUGAGACAGAGUACAAGAGCCUGGAGAAGUUAAGACUUGAAUUCUGUACAAACAAUUAUUUUGAAAUGCACGAGCUGAUAAACUUUUUCCUUAAUGGCACCAUCACGCCCAAGUAUCAGGAUUUAUUUUUAGAGCAGCAAUUUGUGUGUCCAAAUUUAGGAUUUGGACAGUUUUUGAGCCUUGAUUUUUUGAAAAGAAUUCUCUCUUGGCAAAAAGAAGAUGGCUGCUUUGGGAAAAUGCCCAAGGUUACUAAUCUAACGUAUGCAAAUAUCCCCAAAUUUGAAAAAAUCAAAAAAGCAUUGGACAGUGACUAUGAUUAUGAUGAGGAUACUAUGGCAGACAUAGAACAACUACAACAAAGGGUGAGGAAUGUUGUCAAGAUGGAAGAGGGUGGUGACCAGAACAAGAUUUCUUCCAAUGAUUUCAACUUGAAACAGGCUGAGCCAAAUUCAAAGAUGAAGUUCAAGAAGGAGGUGUUAGGCAAUAAUGUUCAUCUUCAUUCACAUAACUCUAAUCAGCAAAGGAAAUCUGCUCAAGAAAAACCUUUCAGAGUGGGUCAAAACAGUGAUGGUUUGAGGAAACUGCCAGUGGUUGGUGAGAAGGACAAACCUCUGUUUGCUCAGCAAGACAACUAUGGUGUGAAGAAUGGACCCAGAAGGAAACUCUUGGUGGAGAAAGAGAUGUCAGGUGGUUGUCUUUCACACAAGACGGCUGUAGCAGCUGGGGCACUGGUCAUGUACCUGCGCUACCUUAUAGACCCUGGGGACACAGGCCUUGAUAAAGGCACAGGGAGUAUCAAACUCGUGGACCCCGGAAAAAAGAGGGACAUUCUACAGCAGGAAAUAGGCCUGGGUGAGGGCCCAAGGCAAGAUCAGCACCCAGACAGUUUAAUGGACCGAGGAGACCCUUACCAGCACGAGGAGGGAGAUGAAGGUGAUGAUGAGGAGGAGGAUGAAGAUUACAAUGAUGGUGAUGAGGAGGAUGAUUAUGGUGAGAAUGGGGAAGCAAAGUUAGCCGGACGAAAUCUGAUUCACAUUAAGAGGUUAGGACCAGGGGAGAAAGGCAAACAGGAGCUAUAUGAUAAAGCGAGAGACCUGCCUGACAAUAACAAGGAGGAGGAAGAUGAGGAGUACAAUGGAGACAACCAGCAAAACAAUGACGAGGAAUAUCCGUAUUACGAUGAAACAGAAGAGGUAAAAAAAUUGAAGGUGAAGCAUUUAAAAGACUUGCCUGUUGAUGUGAAACAUGACAGGCCUGCCAAAAGCCUGGACAAGGAAUUGUUUUCAGGCUCAAUUAAACCCGUGCCUGAAGUGAAAGGCGCGGAAAGAACUAUGGUGAUUCUCUUUUUAGCCUGUUUUGUUGUCUUAUUUUUAUUUAUGUUUAGGUUUAUCAAGAAAAGACGUAUUCACAUAAGGUACCAAACAAGGACAUUGUUUGGCCUGUAAAGCUGUGUAUUUAGAUGC